AGAGAAGACAUUUCUUGAGUCGAAGGUCAAUGUCAAUUAACAGUUUGAAAUUUAUAUUUUGAGAUCUGUUUUGUGUUUUUUUACAAAAAUGAAUAUUAAAUCCUCGCUUAAAGCUCACAUGGAAUUCAGUGGAAAGGAAGGACCAAUACGCUGUAUAUUUUUUUGUGAAUUUCACCCAAUAGCAGGACCUAUUAUAUCUUGUCAGGUUCCAGAAAAUUAUAUUUCCAAGGAGUUAUUCGAUAGCAUAAGUGUGUAUAUCAUUACAAAAGCAGAACUGCAGAAGAGUACUAUAACUGUAACUUUGCAAGACCACAAAAUUCUGGGUUUUCCGGUCCGCAUUGAUGACAAGAAGUAUGCGAGAAAUGCCUUUUACUUCAAUUUAUGCUUUGUAUGUGACAGCUAUGCAAGAACCGUUCAGUACGAGUCAGUGGUAACUAAACUCUCUGAUUACCUAAUGGCCAUGGAGAUUGAGAGCAGUUUUCUAUCUGGAGGGAAUGCAAGCUCAAAGCUCGCUCCUAUUUUAACACAGGUUAUGGAAGAACUCAAUGCCAGAGGAGAAUGUGCCCUAACACAAGGACCUACAGCCACACACUUGAAAGUUUGUCGGAUUAGAUUAGACCCGUCCCCUGUCAUGGAUCAUCAAGUUCCUGUCUUCAUAAAAGAUUUACCAGAGCAGCAGUGGGACCUCACCACACAGCAAGUAACUCCCUACAUAGAUGGUUUCAAUCAUGUUGUUCGAAUAGCUGUCCUUUCUGAUGUCGAAAAUAAUUUGGUGAAAGCAUGUGUCCAAAAUUUGGUUUACUAUGAAGUAGUGGCUUUAGUUCCGUUAUUUCAGUACGGAAAUGUCUAUUGCGCUACUCCAAAAUUGAAAGUUCUGGCCCAAGACCCGGAACUGCAGAGGAGAUGCUUGAACUUUGUGGCCAAAUCAAGGCGCCAACUUCCCACAGUAAGAGAUGUGUUUAGGUUAUAUUCCUCUAUGACAAGAGGAACUACGAUAAGAGAUCUGUGUAUUCGAUAUAAUACACAAAAUUUGAGAAUCAAUGAACGAAAAUUGGUUCAGUUUGGAGUGCUAGAGAAACUAAUACGACGGGUUCACAAAUAUCCAGUGAUACUAAGUGAUCAGCCUGACUUGCAGAAAAGCCUUAGUGGAUUGUUGAGUUUAGAUGAACUUUGUUGUUCAAUUGGAGUUACGUCGCAGCAGUUAGAAGAUCAAUUGGAAAUUGAUCACAAUGUUGUGCUGUUGUACAAAUAAAUAAUGAAGCCAUUCUUGAUGAAGAAAA